GGUGUCUGGCUGGCCAUGCCCAUUGGUCCCUGCGGACCAUGCCCAUUCAGCGAGCUCUGCUUUGGCGCGGGAUCGUUGGCUGCCCCGGCUGGUCCCACUCCACUGACCUUGUCGCCGCCUCUUGUCUUGCAGGUGAUCAAUGCGAUCGAGCAGGAUUACCGGCUGCCCCCUCCCAUGGACUGCCCCAACGCCUUGCACCAACUCAUGCUCGACUGCUGGCAGAAGGACCGGAACCACAGGCCCAAGUUUGGGCAGAUUGUCAACACGCUGGACAAAAUGAUCCGAAACCCCAACAGCCUGAAAGCCAUGGCGCCCCUCUCCUCCGGGAUUAACCUCCCCUUACUGGACCGCACAAUCCCAGAUUACACCAGUUUCAACACGGUGGAUGAAUGGCUGGAUGCCAUCAAGAUGGGCCAGUACAAGGAGAGCUUUGCCAGUGCCGGCUUUGCCAGCUUUGACGCGGUGUCACAGAUGACCAUGGAGGACAUUCUGCGAGUGGGGGUCACGUUAGCAGGACAUCAGAAGAAGAUUCUGAACAGUAUCCAAGUGAUGCGAGCCCAGAUGAAUCAGAUCCAGUCUGUGGAGGUUUGAUGGUCACACGUCCUCACACUCCUCUUCCUCUAGGCCCUUCUCCUCUUUGCCCCUGUACGUCCAAGCUCCAGUUCUUGAGUGUUCUGCAUUCACCAGAGACAGGCAGCUGCUCUAAGGAUCGUGGCAACAGGGGAAACAGCCAACGACAGUGACAAGAAGUUGCCAAGAGCUUCUAGAAUUUAAGCGAUGGGAAAAGGGAACAAGGAAGACAAAUCUUUUGGGAAAAACUAUGAAAUAUUUUUAAAAAUAAUAAUAAUAAUAAUAAUAAUAAUAAAGCAAUGGCAUUUUCGAAAAGGGCUCUGAGAUCCAUGAGAGCCUGCAAAGGGAGAUAAAAGAGCAGAUCCUUCCUUUCCGCCUCGCACAGGGCUGCUCCCUCAGGCUCAGACACCUCUGGAGCAAAGAGACUCUGCCACGGAGAUGGAAGCCAAGUGAAGACAUGGGAGGCCUCCUCCUUUUCUCCCUUGGGAUGGCAGCUCCAGGGACAUUCUGCAGUCAGCAGUUGUCCCUAAAAGCCCCCCGCUGGCAAAUCCCAGGGGAAGAGAGGGCUGGGAAGUUCUUGCCGUGGAAAGGACCAAGUGCAUCUGGAAAGUGGCAGCUUCUGCAAAGAAACAAAGGGAGACGAGAAGGCGUCUUUUUUCCUGAAGGCGAGAAGGAACCUUGAACCCAUUGGGAGUGGGGGAUGGGAAACCAAUCCUUUUUAGAGCUCUUAUUUUCUCUUGACACGGACCUGUUUAGUGAGUGACUCUUUUUCCAGGGGUCUGCCCAUCCACCCCUCCAGUGGCAUCAUUGUCUCACACAUAUCAUAUGCACAAGACUUUUGGUGGUCUCCUCACUAGUUGCCAAUGCCCUGUUCUCCGAAGACUCCCUCAGUACAGUAUGUAGUAGCUUUUGAUUACAAAUACUGACGUGUCCAUUUAUUUUUCGGUUGUCGUUGUUUGGAGAUUUGUCCUUUGACCUUGUUUGUUUACAACAAUUUGUGGGGUUGGGGUUGGGGUUGGUUUUUGGUUGGCUGGUUGCUUGGGUUUUUUAUGAAAAGGAACUGACAUUUCCAGCUUUGUAUCUCUAAGAACUUGAACCCUCCCCUUGUGCAGGGGAAUUGCAGCUUGCCAGCUCUGCACUGCGCCUAGGGCAAGAUUUUUGAUAUUCAUGUUU